CUGCCCAACAUUUCCUCGGACCUGAUCUGGGAGGUCGUUCGCACCAACAACAGCUACCUCCACAAGACCGGUGCUGCCCGAAAUGGCGGCGUCCAGUUCUCUCGCGACCCUCUUAACCUGAAGAACGUCCACAGCCGAAAGUACGCUGGCUUCGUCAACGACAAGGCCGUCGGUGUUCUCCCCAACGAGAAGGGCGGCGUUGUUCUCGUCACCAAGAAGCCCGCUGCUGUCACCCAGCCCAGCAAGUCUGUCGCCAAGACCACCAUUGGCGGCGGCAAGUCCACCCGCAAGACCUACAAGGCCGUUGCCAGCCAGGUCGCCAAGACCGGCUACCGCCCUGACCUCCGCGCCGCCGCCGUCGAGCGCGCCUCUGCCAUCCGCCACUCCCAGCUGCCCGUCAAGGCCGACCCCGAGCCUAAGCUGAGGGGCAAGAAGGCCAAG